AUGCAACUCUUCACCACAACCUUUUUCGCCAUCUUCACCAUCCUCAUAUCCAUUGUCAAUGGCAUUAAAGGAAACGAUAAAUGCCUCGGUGGCAAUAAAUGUACCUUGUACAUGAAAUGGUCGGCAGGCUCACCCGGCCUCAAACCCGGCACUAUGGCAAUGCCCAAAGAUCUCAUACUCUCCGGAAAAGAUUGUAAAGUCAUUGAAUCAAAAAUGACACAAGCCGAAGCGAAAGGCCCAAUCGAAAUCAAAUCUUCUUUACCCGAAACCAUAACUAUUACUGGGCAGGCUGCCGUUUUUCUCAUGCCUCUCUUCACAUAUGGCAAGAAUAAAGAAGGUGGGCAGAAUCAUUGCGGACAAGGCACAGACAUGUGGAUCUGUGACUUUCCAUGUUAG